AUAGUUAGGGGGCGAAUAAGGCGGCUGCAUCGCGACGAUGCAGGAUGAGGUGUGGAGGAGGAGUGUAGUGGUUGUUAUAACGGAGAGGGCGUCGAAAACCGGGUUUGAGCCAAUCAGAAGCCGGCGAAUCAGGAAAAGUGGGGAGGGGAUAUACAUUUACCACAAAGGUGAGGUGGAUGAGUAUCAACGCUCUUACAUAGUGUGUUUCAUUCUGUUUCCUAUCCUCGGCACUAAUUCUCAAGAUCCAGGUCACGUGUACCUAACAUAUGACGACAUGCGGCGCAGCACAAACAGGCCUCUCAUAUUCACAUAUCGAUAUGGUAUCUCAAUAACACCGCGCAAGAAUGCUUUCUCUCCCUUUUCCUGCACACCCCUGAUUUUAAUCACUUCGAAUAACCUUGCCACAAAGUCCAGCCGCUGAAGACACUUCCUCCAACAAGGCGCAAGCAAUAGGGUACGCGUCGGCUUCAUGUUGUCCUUUUACGUGUCUACUCCUUGCGAUGCAGCGCUUCGUCUCGCCGCAGCCUCCGCCUCCUCCUUUCCAUACAGUACU